CAAAGAUCGAACCAGAGCACACAGAAACGAGCGCACCCCUUGAACGCACUGACUCGCUGUCGGUGAAUGAGAUAAACAAAGAGUCAGCGACUUUUUGGGACUACACUCACCGCUCCUCAAGCUUCCCGAAAACAUGGACGCCGGUUUGAGUCCAGAAAAGGUGACCACCUUUACAAAGCGCCUUCGAUCCGAACCGCGUUACCUGUUGGCCCAGAAUGUGUCCACCUGCAUCGACCCGUUGGAGGUUUGUUUGCACCGACAGACUGUCCAGGAUACGGUGCAUAUCUUUCAGCACUCCAUUCCCACGGAAGGCAAGCCCAUCACCAACCAGAAGAGCUCAGGGAGAUGUUGGAUCUUCUCGUGCCUCAACGUCAUGAGACUUCCCUUCAUAAAGAAGUUUAAUUUAGAGGAGUUUGAGUUUAGUCAGUCCUAUCUCUUUUUCUGGGACAAGUCAGAAAGCAAAAUGAGUGAAGAUUCAGCAAGUAAUACAACGAGUUUCAAUAAGAUUGAGCGUUGCUACUACUUCCUCCAUGCCUGCGUGGAGACGGCACAGAGAAAGGAGCCGGUAGAUGGGCGCCUGGUCCAGUUCCUUCUCUCCAAUCCAACCAAUGAUGGAGGACAGUGGGACAUGCUGGUUAAUCUCAUCGAGAAGUAUGGUGUCAUUCCAAAGAAAUGCUUCCCAGAGUCACAUAGCUCAGAGGCCUCACGCAGAAUGAAUGACAUCCUCAAUCAUAAGCUGAGAGAAUACUGCUUGAGACUGAGGAACAUGGUGACCAGUGACGCUACGAAGGCCGAACUGUCUGAAGCUAUUGACUCCAUGAUAGAAGAGGUGUUUCGUGUGGCCAGUGUUUGUCUAGGCAGCCCGCCUGACACCAUCUGCUGGGAGUACAGGGACAAGGAUAAAAACUUCCACCGCAUGGGACCCAUCACCCCCCAGGAGUUCUACAGGGAACACGUCAAACCCCUUUACAACAUCCAGGACAAAGUCUGCCUUGUAAAUGACCCCCGACCACAGAACCCUUACGAGAAGCUGUACAGUGUCGAGUUCCUCGGGAACAUGGUCGGAGGUCGCAGCACUCUGUACAACAACCAACCCAUCCAGCUGCUUAAGAAGGCCGCAGCGGACUCCAUUAAGGACGGAGAGGCCGUGUGGUUUGGCUGUGACGUCGGAAAACAUUUCCACAGCAAACUGGGCAUUAAUGACAUGAAUGUGUUCAACCACGAGCUUGUGUUUGGAGUGUCUGUAAAGAACCUUUCCAAGGCAGAGAGGCUGAUAUACGGCGACUCCCUCAUGACGCACGCCAUGAUCCUCACUGCUGUUACAGAUAAGGAUGGGAAAGACGGUUAUGAAAAAUGGCGAGUGGAAAACUCCUGGGGCGAUGACCGUGGAAACAAAGGUUACCUCAUUAUGAAGGACGACUGGUUCUCAGAGUAUGUCUACGAGGUGGUGGUAGACAAGAGGUUCCUCUCCUCUGAUGUCCUGGACGUGAUGCAACAGGAGCCCAUUGUACUUCCUGCGUGGGACCCAAUGGGAGCAUUAGCAUAAAUCCAGAAAUCCAGGUUUUAGCCCCAGUCCUUGGUCUCAUUAACUCCACCCUAUUCCUCAGCUGCUUUUACCUCCAAUAUUUCCCUCACACCCCCUCCAAAAGAGUUUGUUCUUAUAGGAAAAAUAAAAACUUUUCUUUUUUACUCA